AACGAAACUUUGUGUGAUGACAAACGAACACGUCACAUGACUUUGGAAAUAUACUGAACAAGAACCUUUUAUAUAGACAGGCGUGUGGAUAUUUCGCGACAGUUCCAAAGAUGACGGGGACAUUUGGUUAUGGAUUGGAUUAUUUUAUUGACAGUCCAAAACAGACAGCCACCAAAAGAUUGGGACAUAAAAAAUUCUGGAAUGUGGCUGUGCAUGCUGUUGUCUCUUGGGGGACAGCCUGGGGCACGCUUGUGAUUGGUCAACUCUUUUUACCAUUUUGGAUCCAACUACUGAUGAUCCUUUGUAAACUUGCUAUUGUCAUAGUAACAGAGCCACCUGUCGGUUUUGGCUACUCUAUCAUGUACUCUGUGGUCUGCUACUUUGCACUGUAUGUCCAAUCGUCUGGGACACUGUUUGGCUCUGCUAUGUUGAUAGCCCUCUCCUUUGUGAUUCAGAUUGGAAGUCAUUUGAUUUUUGAAGGGAAUCUGCCACCUCAGAAACCCCCUAAAGGUGAUGGGCUGGUGUUUCAAGUCCUUGACAUGGGUAAUGAGUUCUUCUUUUGCGAAUUUCACUUCGGCUUACUUCUUUUUAUGAGAGUAGGAUUGCUGCCAGUUCUACAGUGGAGAUCAGAUGUGGAACUUAAAAAAGCUUUGGAUAGAACUGCCGAGAUCAAGUAUGGAAGAAAAGCUGCUUAGUUUUGAAAAAAUUAAUGCAGAUAUCUCUAUUUAUUAUAAGAGAAAAAAAUAUUAUAAAAUAAUUUGUUUUAUUUGAACUAAGUAAAGCCAUACUCAUGAUUCAA